UGAAAAACAAAUCGUUCUUCCCUUCCCGCUGUCGACGCGAUUACGCGGAGUCAAUCGCACGUCGCGAAAUAGAAGCGGCGGACUCUUAUUUAACAUGGUCGACCGAGCCGGCAGUGCUCAGUCUAUCACCGGCCGUAACAGAAACAUUUCGCAUUACCUCGCUGAUUCCUGGCGACGAAUCGGCGAGUCGUUGCCAGUGCCGCGAGAUUUCACGGUGCAUGCUGACGGGGUGAACGAACAUGGUGUUUUCGGCCUCCUCCCGGUUUUAUCUCGGCCUCCUCCUCCUAGCGGGUUUCUGCCGCAGUCAAGACUUCAGUUACGAGGGAGAUCACGGUCCGUCGCAUUGGGGUGAAGAGUAUCACUCGUGUGUCGGGAAACACCAAUCGCCCAUUAACAUAGAAGAGCACAAUGUCAAGAACAUCAGCCUGCCGCCGUUGAGAUUGAUCGGCAUUGAUAAUCCGUGCCAGUCGUACGUGACGAACAACGGUCACACGGCUAUGUUGAAGACCAACGAAUCCAAGCCGGUCAUGUUGUCCGGAGGACCAUUGAGAGAUAACAUUUACAUUUUCGAACAGUUGCAUUUUCAUUGGGGCGAAAACGAUUACGAGGGAUCCGAAGAUUUAAUUAACAACCACUCGUUCCCGAUGGAAAUGCACGCCGUUUUUUACAAGAGUGAUUACAAAUCGAUGGACGAAGCUCUUAAGCAUGAUGAUGGUCUGGCUAUUUUAGCAUAUUUGUACGAGGUAAGCCGUCAACCAAAUCCUACGUACGAACCUAUUGUAAAAGUGCUACCCGAUAUAGAAGUGGUGGGUAAGGGGAAAAUAUUGCAAGAAUCCUUGUUAUUAGAAAAAAUUCUUGUGCCAGAUAUUGCGAGCAUGCAAGACUACUUUACGUAUAGCGGCUCAUUAACUACUCCACCUUGUCUCGAAGUUGCCACGUGGAUUGACUUUAAGGAUCAUCAACAAUUAUCACACAAACAGUUGGCUGCGUUUCGCGACUUACAGAACAAGGGCAACAAAUUGACUCACAACUUCCGGCCGGUACAGCCUUUAGAAGACCGAGUGAUUUUUCAAAACAUUCCAAAAGAACAGCACAUGCCGCAUAAUCGUUUUUUCGGUGGUCAUUCAGGACAGAGAAAUGUCAAGGUAUCAAUUGCGUGUGUCGCAUUGAUAGCUCUUGUGGCAGUCUUUUUAUUCGCCAUAUGAAGUCUUUGAUAUGAAACAUUCUAGUCAAUAAUGUUUCUUAAUUGUUAACUUUAGUUUUUAAGGAGAAUGACGAUAAUUCGUGAAGAAUCAGAACUAUUAAAUAUUUUAUAAAUAUUAUAAAUGUUUUAUAAAAUCAAAGCAUAUUUUAUAAUGGAUUGACGAUUGAGAUAUUUACUUGAGUAAAUAUUCAUUCUAAAGCGAUUUCUUAAAUAGAUUUUGUAAUCUAUUUAAAAUUUGCAAUAGAAAACAUUUUAGAUGAUAAUUUAGCAUUUCAGCGAUAACUUAUUUCUUAACAUUAACAAAAGCGAUUUAAGAUCAUUGCAUACAAACAUAUUAAUUAAAUUGUUAACUUAUGUACAUAAUAAAAUAGCGAUUAAUAAUGAUAUAAUAAUUUCCAAGAUAUAAUAUAUAAAAUUAAACUUAGAUACUAAAAUAAAUGAAUUUGUCAUUCUCUGUAUGAACGAGUUUAAACAAGAAA